AUGAGUCGGUUCAGUUUUAAACCGUUGUCCGAAAAUUGGUGCCAAACAGCUUGUGAACUAGUUACAACUGAUUUUGAAUGGAACAUUCAACAGUUGGCGUUUCUGCACUCCUCCGAAAAAUGGAUUAAUCCAUGUUCGUCUUCCCUCUUUUCAACUAAAGACAACAUCGAUUACGUGUGGAGAUUAGAUCUGAGGGACGAAGGCCAAAACAUAAGAAUUUACCUGCAUCGUUGCAAGAGCGCCUCAGGCAAAAGUCCCACUAACAAUCCAGUUCACGUGACAUUUGCGAUUAUUGACAAAACUCGUCAAGAAUUGUUCAAACAAGUUUUCUUUUUACUAAUCCCCACUUCCAUUUCAGUUUCUUCCACCAUUUAUUUGCUAAACAAAAAUGUGAUACGAGAGUCCGAUUGCUUGCAAAUGGAUAAAAGUCUCAUUGUUUACUGUAAAAUUGAACUUCUAAUUUAUAAAGGGACAAAAUCGGGAGUCAAAGCUGCAGAAGUAUCCGACUUGCCUUUUAGUGAAGGUGAUCAAUUGCUACGAACUCAAAUGGAACAACUGUUUGAGAGCAAAGCCUUAAAUGAUGUCACGCUUGACGUCAACGGUCGUCCUUUUCAAGCACAUAAGAGCAUCUUGGCAUCAAAAAGCAAAGUAUUUGCUGCCAUGUUUGUCCAUGAAACCAAAGAGAAGUUAUCUAAUCACGUACAAGUAGAUGAUAUCGAACCUGACGUCUUUCAAGAAGUUCUCCGUUUCAUUUACACUGGACGAUUGUCACUUGAAACGAUGGAUAAGAUGGCCACUGGUUUGUUGGCUGCCGCUGAUAAAUAUUUGCUCGAUCAGCUGAAAACUGAAUGUGAAAAUAAUUUAAUUCGUCGGAUAUCUCCAGAAAGUUGCUUAGAUUUGCUUCUGCUUACCGAUCAACAUCCGGCGAGUCAUUUGAAAAAGUUGGCACUGGAUUUUUUCCGGCGAUUUCCAACUGAAGUGAUGGGGACGGAUAGCUGGAAACAAGCCAAACAAGAUAAUUCGACAUGGUUGUGUGACCUAAUGCAAAGGGUAUUGAGCCCAGCCUCAUAGCUUAGCUCCGACCAUGGACUGAGUAGGCUACCUGUCAUAGCUGUUGAAGGUUCACGCAAUACUCAUUUGCAGUAAACACAAAUUUUGUUCUACUUUGUUUUCUAUACUGAAUGAAACCAAGUAAUAGUCAUGUAUCGCUGUCUUUGUCGCGUUAGAAUAAAAGCAGAAAGAAAAGUAAAAAUAAACAAGAAAAUGAAUUUGAAAGGUGUUACAUCAUCGCAUUGUAAGCAAAUAGAACGGUAACA